AGUAAACAGAGUUAGAGAGUCCAUGCCGGGCGUGGUGGAAAGUGUGGAGCACGGAAUCUUACCUGGAAGUGGAGAAAGUCAAAUGGUUCUUGCACUGACUAUUGUUUUCAACUUAAAAAAAAAUUCUUUCUUCCUCCCAGUCCUUCUAUACAUUUGUUGGAAAUUUACCUCUCCCAGUAUGUGUGGGGACCUGGGUGCCAAGAAUUCAAAGUACAGGAGGUGUAGACCAAGAACUCUUCCCUUCCCGUCCGGAACCGAGGCGCUUUUUGCCCCAGCCUACCUCACGGACCUCCCAGUUAAGGGAAGCAGACAGGUGGCAAAGUUAAGUUGACAAAAACCAAAAAAUGUUGAGUAUUUAUCUCCAGGGAGGGAAAUUGGGCUGGAGGUUGAAGGGGUAGGUAGGAGACUUCCUGUACCCUUUGAAUUUAUAUUCAGAGACAAAAAUAAGUCAACAAAUAUUUAAUUAAGGGCCCUUUAUCACUCAGAGGAUAUUGAGCAUCUAAGCCACAUCAGAAUACUGUAAUAAACAAAACAGAAGAGGUCCCUACACUCAGGGACCUCAUGUUCUAGAAGGGGAUAGAAAUAAACGAUCAACUUAGUUUGAGAGAGAUAUAAGGCUGUUAAGGAAAUAGAGCAGGGUGUUGCGAAAGAGUGAAGUGGGGGAGGGGACGCGAGCUUGCAAUAGGAGCCACAGAAUUCCUAUAUAGGAGAGGCUUAGGAGCAACAAACCAGUGGGGGAGAAGUGGCUACGAGGUUGCCGUUUCCCGAGGAAGUAAACUAUUUCUGCAUACAAUUCGUUACAGAUCAAUAGAGUAAAAGUUUUCUAAAGUUAUUUUUAUUUACACUUCACAUGAAAUUGAGAAUAUGUCAACUAUUCAUAUCGAAGAAUUAUAUUUGUCAUCUGGAGUGAAGGAGAGGAGGUGUUGGAGGGAGGGUGCUAAAAACUCCUUGGCUUUGGCCACCAAGGAUCCGAGAAUGAUUCUCCUUGAAACAUACAAAAGGGUAGAGUUCUUGUCUUCCAAGAGCUUCAAAUCACGUUUGCGUUAACAUACAAAAAAAGAUAUUUAUGCAUCAGUUGGCAAAUGUUUGGAGAAGACACCUGUUUUACUCUUCGCUGCAUCCGAGUCACGUGAUCUAAGGAACUUCCCCACGUGAUAAGUACUAAGAUGUGUUUCCAUUAUUAAAAAUCCAGCUUCAGGUUAGCCUUUGAGAAGUGUUAGAACAACAUAUAUGGCAAAGUGUUAAUAUUCAUAAAGCGCUACAAUAAGAAAAGCGGGCAGUAGAAAUAAAUGUAAAAGGCCAUUCAGCGCAUGAAAACUGUUCAACGAUAUAAUUCAAAACAACAAAACGACACUAACAUUAAAUGCCCACUGAUGCCCAGAAUGCACGAAGUGUACUCUAACCCACUGCUAGCGAGAACGUAAGUUGCUUUUUUUCCUGGAGGGCAGCUUGGCAGUUUAUAUCCUUUCACCUGGUAAUUCUCACUUCUAUGAAAGUAUCCUAAAAAAUUUAAAAACCACAAAGGACGGAGGAAAAAAAAAACCAGAAGAGGGAAGAAUAUUCAUCACGGGGUUAUGUACAACCGAAAAACUGUAAGAAACGUGUGUGUGCGACAAUAAGGGACGGAUUAAAUCAUUUUGACGGAGUGCUAGAGGAAUUUUUUCCCAGGUGCGUUUAGGUUUGCAGCGAGCCGGGCCAGUGGGUGUUGCCAACACUUGCCCACGUGCGGGCAAACAAACACAAACAGCGUGGCCGCGCGGCGGGCGCUCGCUUUUGUGCUGGGCCCACGGCAGUGCUGUUUCUAUUUCUCGGUGACAAGUCUCGCGUGGACUGCGGAGGGGACCACGGCCCGGGGAGCUCACCUCGCUGCAGACACACCGGACCCUAACAGCCCCCCGGAGGGAAACUGAGGCUCAGAGGCCGCCCCACGGCCGGUGUCCUCGCCUCGAGAACGCGUGGCCCGCCUUCUCGCUGAUUUCCGUGUGGGGACUAAGCAAUCGGCUGCCAGUUUGGAAAGGCCCGGAGGCCCGAGUCACCCUGCUGGGCUCCGACCGCGACCCGGGAACGUGACUGGCCACAGCCACGCCCACGACGGGCCUGGGGCUGGCGCCGAAGAGACGCGGGACAUGAGGCUGGCCUCCGGGGGCAGCGCCCGAGGUCCAGGGCCGUCCCCACUCGCCGAGCCCCCGAGGCGCUCCCGGCCGUCAGUCCCGCUUGUGGACCCGGAGCGCCAGGCGGGUGGCGAGGAGGCCCAGUCUAGGGCGGCGUUCCGCUCGGCCUGAUGGAGCCCGGCUCCCCUCGCCCCUCCCCGAGGGCCGCCUCGGCUCCCCAGCCCGGCCCCGUCCGGGCGGCGCCGGCCCGGCUCCCGGCCGUCCCGCUCACUCAUAGGCCCGCGGCGCCGCGCCCGCCUAGGCCUGGCCCCGCGCGGCCAGGGGGGCGGAGCCGGCGGGUUCCCGCCAAAAUCGCGUAGCUGCUCCCUCCCCCGCGGGCUACGUCGCGCCCUCCUGUUUUUUCAAACCCGGGGCUGGGCGGGGAUUGGUGGGCCGGGCGCUCACGUGGUUAACGGUCGCGGGAAGCCGCGGAGCCCGAACCUGCGGCUGGACCUGCGGAGAGCCCAGCCUCGGCGCCCGGGCCGCCCCGCCUCUGCCGGACCGUCCGCGCCGCCGCCCCGAGCGUCCCGGAGCUCAGCCCGCCGCCGCGCAGUGUCGCCGCCGCCGCCGCUGCUAGGCGCGCCCAGUCGCACGUGGCGGGCCCGCCCCCUGGGCCGGCCGAGCCCUGGACUCCGCGGGCCCCGGGUCCCCGGUCGUCCGCCCCGGCCCCAGGGACACGAUGAGCUUCCUGAGCCGGCAGCAGCCGCCGCCGCCCCGCCGCGCCGCGGCCUCCUGCAGCCUGCGGCAGAAGCUCAUCUUCUCGCCCUGCAGCGACUGUGAGGAAGAGGAGGAGGAAGAGGAGGAGGAGGGCAGCGGCCACAGCACCGGGGAGGACUCGGCCUUUCAGGAGCCCGACUCGCCGCUGCCGCCCGCGCGGAGCCCCACGGAACCCGGGCCCGAGCGCCGCCGCUCGCCCGGCCCGGCCCCCGGCAGCCCCGGGGAGCUGGAGGAGGACAUGCUGCUGCGCGGCGCCUGCACGGGCGCGGACGCGGCGGGCGGCGGGGCCGAGGGCGACUCGUGGGAGGAGGAGGGCUUCGGCUCGUCGUCGCCGGUCAAGUCGCCGGCGGCCGCCUACUUCCUCGCCAGCUGCUUCUCGCCGGUGCGCUGCGGCGGCCCGGGGGACGCGUCCCCGCGCGGUUACGGGGCGCGCGGGGCGGCCGAGGGCCCCUGCUCGCCGCUGCCGGACCAGCCGGGCACCCCGCCGCACAAGACCUUCCGCAAGCUGCGCCUCUUCGACACGCCGCACACCCCGAAGAGUUUGCUCUCCAAAGCUCGAGGAAUCGAUUCGAGCUCUGUUAAACUCCGAAGUGGUUCUCUAUUCAUGGAUACAGAAAAAUCAGGAAAGAGGGAAUUGGACAUGCGACAGACGCCUCAAGUGAACAUAAAUCCUUUUACUCCAGAUUCUGUGUUGUUUCAUUCUUCAGGACAGUGUCGUAGAAGAAAGAGAACAUACUGGAAUGAUUCUUGUGGUGAAGACAUGGAAGCCAGUGAUUAUGAGUUUGAAGAUGAAACAAGACCUGCUAAGAGAAUUACAAUUACUGAAAGCAAUAUGAAGUCACGGUACACAACAGAAUUUCAUGAGCUAGAGAAGAUUGGCUCUGGAGAGUUUGGUUCUGUGUUUAAGUGCGUGAAGAGGCUGGAUGGAUGCAUUUAUGCCAUUAAGCGAUCCAAAAAGCCAUUGGCUGGCUCUGUUGAUGAGCAGAACGCUUUGAGAGAAGUCUAUGCUCAUGCAGUACUUGGACAGCAUUCUCAUGUAGUUCGAUAUUUCUCCGCAUGGGCAGAAGAUGAUCACAUGCUUAUACAAAAUGAAUAUUGUAAUGGUGGAAGUUUAGCUGAUGCCAUAAGUGAAAACUACAGACGCAUGAGUUACUUUACAGAAGUGGAUUUGAAGGAUCUCCUUUUGCAAGUUGGCCGGGGCUUGAGGUAUAUUCAUUCAAUGUCUUUGGUUCACAUGGAUAUAAAGCCUAGCAAUAUCUUCAUAUCUCGAACCUCAAUCCCAAAUGCCGCCUCUGAAGAAGGAGAUGAAGAUGACUGGGCGUCCAACAAAGUUAUGUUUAAAAUAGGUGAUCUCGGGCAUGUAACAAGGAUCUCUAGUCCACAAGUUGAAGAAGGUGAUAGCCGUUUUCUUGCAAAUGAAGUUUUGCAGGAGAACUAUACCCAUCUACCAAAAGCGGAUAUUUUUGCCCUUGCCCUCACAGUGGUGUGUGCAGCUGGUGCUGAACCUCUUCCCAGAAAUGGAGACGAAUGGCAUGAAAUCAGACAGGGUAGAUUACCUCGGAUUCCACAAGUGCUUUCCCAGGAAUUUACAGAGUUGUUAAAAGUUAUGAUUCAUCCAGAUCCAGAGAGAAGACCUUCAGCAAUGGCACUGGUAAAGCAUUCAGUAUUGCUCUCUGCUUCUAGAAAGAGUGCAGAACAAUUACGAAUAGAAUUGAAUGCUGAAAAGUUCAAAAAUUCACUUUUGCAGAAAGAACUCAAGAAAGCCCAGAUGGCAAAAGCUGCAGCUGAGGAAAGAGCCCUCUUCACUGACCGGAUGGCCACCAGGUCCACCACCCAGAGUAAUAGAACAGCUCGACUUAUUGGAAAGAAAAUGAACCGCUCUGUCAGCCUUACCAUAUACUGAACUACUCAUUUCCCACCUCCCCCAAAAAACUGUGACCAGAGGAAGCUAGGUUGAAAUCACUGCUAGAAUCCUGUUUGCAAUUACUUUCUCAAUCGGUGUCAGUAGUUUUACUGAAGUACCUUUUAGGACUUCUAUGUGUGAAUUACAGUUGAAAGCUGUAUGGUGACCAGUGCUAUGUCAGGCUUUGUCUAGUCUUAGCAGUCUGUCUUCUCUAGGAUGUCGGUCACUGUUGGAUGUUACACCGGCCUUUCCAGGGUUAACCACUGUGGUGGUGUGCUGCUUAUAGUUUGCUGUUGUGUUGUCGUAAAAGGUAUCUUUCCCUGUGGUGGUGACCUGUAAAAAGGACUCAAGGGCUUUAUUACAAACAUAUUCUCCCUUCGAAAAGGGAAAUGCUAAGAGACUCAGUACUACUCAGCCUUCAGUGUACCUGUGUCAAUCUUAUAUUUCUUCUUUUUAAUUGUGAAUUAUACUUGUAUAUCCAACUGGGAGCACUUUGUAGGCACUGCAUCAGCCAUGGAAUGAUGAUUCUGUGGAAGUAUUGCCUUGUGAAUUUGCUGCUAUUUUAGUUUUGUCUUUGCUGUAAAAUUGUAGCAUUAAACAAUCAUCGUUGUUAAUAGGCUUUCUUUUGAAAACAAUUAUGUGAAAUAUGUUGCUGCUCUUGAUGAAAAGCAGCUAUCUGCCCUUUUUUUCUUUGAACUUUGAAGCUAGUGCAUUGGAGAAAUGCACCCUUUUUUCCCUUUGGAAUGCUGUAUUAAUGUAGUAUAAUUAUUACCGGUUUUGUAAUUUUUCCUGAUAAUGCCCUUCCCUGACUCUUUUUUAAAAUGUUUCCUCCCUCUGCCCAAGUUUUGUACUUGAUUGUAUUAUUAGUCUGUUUUUAAAUGUUUUGCCUGGUUUCUCUUCAACAUCUGUGUAUAUAAACUAAUCUUGGUGUUACUGUACAUAGCUGUUUGAAAUGCCAGAAUGACUUCUGACUAUUCCAAGCUUUUCACAAAAUACAUUUUAUCUGUGAUUAGCCAUUUGACUAAUAAUACUGGCUAACAGAUACUGCAAAAAAAAAGAAAAGAAUUUGUCUAUUGUUUGUUUUCCUAUUAAUUUUGGUUUAAAACAUGUUUGCACUUGUCUCUUCGACUUGUGUUUUAUUAACAUUGAUUGGCAUAUUAAAAGUCACUCUGAGCUCACCUUCAUUGUCUAAAUCUUUGUACCACACCUAUUUUCUACUGGUUUAUCUCCAUUAUCACUACAUUAGAGUGUAAUAUAUAUAAAGUACUAAAAGCAAAGGGCACAUUUUUUUAUAGAAUAUGAAACAUUAAUUAUUUAAUGAUGAGCUUUAGUCCACAUUAGCUACGUUUAGGGAUUUAAGAAAAGUUUACCCAUCAAGUUGAAUGUUUUUUGUCAUUAUAUAUAUUUAAUAUUUUCACAUCACGUUGUAUGUUAUGCAUUUGAUCUGCUAGAAAUGUAGUGUAAUGUAGUUUAAAAUAGCUUUAGAUUAUUAAUAUAAUAGCCGUGAGUCAUAACUUUCUAAUUGGAACUGAGUCACAGAAGAGAGUUUAAAGUGGGGAGGGUUUUAACUCACUAAAGUGGGCUAGAUUUUAAGAAUUGAGAGUGCAAAUUUAAGUGACAAACAGUGCUAAUUCUAUGUGACGUCUUUUUCUAAUGGAGAUUAGCACCCCAGUGUAAGCAGUGAAGGCCUCUGAGCAGAUGAAAAGGGAUGUAAGAUCCUGUGCUUCUUGAUCAUGGGUGCAUCGUUUCUCUUGAUUAGGGUCUGUUUCUUCCUGCUAUAAAUGUUUCUAACAAGCUUGAUUAUUUUAACUUUUAAGCUUAUGGCAUAUUGAAAAGCACAAUUUAGAGUUGUGAGAGGGAUUGGUGCAGACAGGUAAAUUAGACAUAAAAGCUGAUAGAUGUGGCUGACGGAAAACCUAAAAAGCUUCAUAGGCUGGAGCAGGUAACUCACAUUCCAGUAGUCACUGAAGGCAAAGCUAUAAAAAUAGGAUAAUUGGUGUUCUUAGGAUCACUCUAAGUCAUUAAGGUGCAUUUUUCUAGUGCACUGGCUUCAAAGAAAAAAUUGGUGUUUUUCAUCAAAAUUGGCAGUAAGUUUUUCACGUAUUGUUUAAGAAUAUUAAGUAGAAAAAAUCUGGUUUUCAAAGAGGGAAUUCUUAAGCUGUCUGAAAGCUGAUAUGAAAGUUAGGCGCAUAUUCAACACAGGAUACGUAUGUCGAGUGCCUUCUGUGUGCCAACUGGCAGACAAAAGACCAAUAAGAAAUAGUCUUUGCCCACUAGGGACUCAGGAUGAAAUAGAGGAGGCCCAUUAAACAUAAAACGUGGUAAGUGCUGUGUUGGAGGGAGUGUGUAAGGUAGAGUGAUGGCUCAAAGGCCAGUUGGAUACCUUGGGAAGAUGCUGGGGGUAGAGCCAUUGUACUAAGAGUAAGGUAAGAGUAAGGAGGGCCUGCAUUAGGCCCCUGCUGUGGAGGAAGCUGGGGGUAGGGAUUCCGUUAGACGGGAGCACUGCACAUUGAACAGUUUUUGUUUGUUUUUAUAACAGAAUGAGAACUUACUAGCAUAACAUCAAGAUUGGAGGAAGCUACAAGUGCUAAUAUUGAAGCAUUGAAGAACUUUUCAGAAAAUUAAAAUGCAAAGGCCUGUUAUUGUUUGAGACAGAUAUUUAACAUUGAUAAAACUGUUUUGGAAAGCUGAUUUAGUAAGGAAGAAAAACUUUAAAUAUUGACUAUGCAGUUGGGUAGGAGGAAUCACACAUUGCAGUUGACUACAAAUUGAAACUUGCCUUACCUUUAACUGAACUUGAUCUUGCCAAGAAUCCACGGCAGUCCCCUUUAGUUAAUGAACUAAUGAUUUUUGAAGAGCCAGUUCUCAAGCUUUGAUUUUCACUGUUCCAGAGGUGAAGAAAUAAUGGCAUUUAAAAAAUUGAUAACAGCUGGGUUUGGGUCAUGCUUUAGGCUGGCUCCUCGUUCUUAAGUAGCAGCAUCCUGACGUUAGUAGUUUUUCCUCCUCCCCAAUUCAUCUGCACAAAGCAUCUCACUGACUUUAGCCAACAGAUCAAAUCCGUUGUUGCAUCCUUAAGGUAUUUUUAUUUGUGAAAAAUUUAAAGGCCAAUUAAAGCACUCAACAAGGAGGAUGGAUAAAAAAAGAAUUUUGGAAGUGUUUUGGAUGUUGUGAAAAUCACAAGUGAAGCUUGGAGCUAGAAAUUUGGGAGAAACUGCCUCAUUCAGUAUUUUGAAGGUGUUUGUAUAACUGUAAAAAGCAUCACUGAAAUUGAUUGACAUUGCAGAGUGAGUGGAUCUAGAAGUUUCUCCUGCAAACCUGAUUGUAUUGUUAGAAAUUUCUCAGAAGCUCAGCAAAAAGUAGAUUUUUAUAAAAAUGGAAGAGUAAAGACAUCAUUGAAACUGUCCCUCUCCCAACGUUUAGCUUUCAAAACCUUUGAGAGGCAUUCAUCUGAACAUUAUUGAGCUUUUUUUUUCUUUGUCGCAAAUGACCCUAAUUUUCAAUGCAGUUCAGAGGUCUCUGGAGUAAGGAAAAUAUCUAUUUCUGCUCUAGGAAGAUUUACCAGGAAAAGAUGGCAUGUUCUGUCCAACUUCAUUAAACGGAGAGUCAGAAACCUCGGCCAGUCCAGCCUAAGAAGGAAAAUACCUCAAAGGAACAUUUCUAUCAUAGUUCUUACUGUUUAGUUUUAUAUGGUUAAUAAAUAUUUUGAAGAGCA